AUGUCAGACAACGAUGAUUUUAUGAUGUCCGAAGAGGAGGACUACGAGUUCGAGUAUGAGUCUGAGGACCAGGACGAAGACGAGGACGAGGACGAGGAAAUGAACGACGAUAGUAGAUCAGUCGAUUUCGAAGCCAGAUACUACACAGCAAAGUCUUUGAAGGAAUAUAACGCCGAAGGUGCAUUGGACUCAUUCAGGCAAAUAAUCUACAGCAAGUCCAGUGAUGGUGGUGCUAGCGAUAACGAUGGCGCUUUCAAAGACGAGAUAGAGAACCUAGAAGAAGAGCACUUGGUAUGGAUUUUCAAGUCAAUAAAACAGUCGAUGAAGAUAUAUUUUGCGUUGGGUCAGUUUGAGAACCUUUUGAAAUUUUACCAGUAUUUGUUUGAUUUGCAUGCACACAUUUCAACCUCCUAUUUUGAAAGUUCAAUUAAAAAAAUAAUCGAGAGAUAUAGCAAAAGUGACAAUGCGUUAUUUCUAAAAAGCUUUUAUGAAUUGCCUUUAUUGCCCAAGAAUAAAUCUCAACUAAGUGAGGGUUUACAUAUUAUCUUGAACAUCAAAAAGUUGAAUGCAAUGGAUUUUUCUAGCGCAAAUAAAGAAGCUCAGCAGUUGAUUGGUCAUUUGAUUGAAAAAGCAGAAGCUUCGAACGAUACAUCUAUUUUGAAUCUUAUUUUACAACUUUAUGCUAUUCAAUUGAAAGUUUAUCUUGGUGGAAGCACCGAUUAUUUUGUUGAUAACAUUGCCAACUGUAAGAGAACUUGCAGAAAAGCCUUGAAAAUAGAUUCAACUAUUCCAGAUCCAAAUACCCUUGCUGUCAUUGAAGAAACAAAGGGCAAGAUUUAUAUUCUAGAGAAUAAAUUCACUGAAAGUAGGAAACUAUUCACUGAAAGUUUUAAGAACUAUGAUGAAGCUGGAUCAAUUUCUAAAAAAGUAGAAAUUUUAAAAUUUCUCUUGAUUCUUAAAUUUUUAUCAAAAUCUGAGAUUGAUAUCUUUGAAAGUCAAGAAUUAAAACCAUAUAUAAGGGAUUCUAAAGAUCUGGAAAUAUUAUCAUUAUUAAGGGCUAAUGAUUAUUACAAAGAGAAUCAGAUAUUAAAAUUCAAAAAUGAAAUUAAUAGUAACAAUCUUUUUAAUAAUAAUGUUUUUUUGAAAAACUUUAAACCAAAAAUUUUCGAUUCAAUCAUUUUCAAGGUUUUAAAAGAUUUUUUUAAAAGCUUCAAUAUAAUCAAAAUUGGUUUUUUGGUUAAAUUAUUUGAACUAAACGAUAAAUGGGAAUUACACGAUCUCAUUUUUGAGAUGAUUGAAAGCAAUUUUUUGAAUAGCAAUAUAAAAUUGGAUAUGGUUAAUGACGUUAUUGAGGUUGAUAACAAUAACCAAGAAAGUAAAGAAUUCAAGCCAAUUUUACCAGAGAACAUCACGGCUAUCCAGGUACUUGAAAGGAUUAAAAGGGUUGAUAAAUUAAAUGGUAUCAAGGGUCUUUAUAAAAUUAAUACAAAUAUCAAUUUCUUAAAUUUGAACGAAAAAAUCAAUAUUGAAAUCAAUCCAUCUCAGGGAAGCGGUUACUCAAAAAAUCGAGAAAGCUUGAAAGAUCAGGAGGAUUCGCUCUUGAAGGAUAUAUUUGGCUCAUAUGUUGCGACCAAUGAUUUUGAUGAGUAUAAAGAAAACAUGAUAGAGGAAGCCACCAACUGGCUCGGACAAAUAAAGUCCUCAAUUCCUAUUAUAUCGGAGGAAGAAAUGACACAAAAAGAGGCUGUUGAAUUGGAGACCAUCUUGAAUCUUCAACAGCAACAAAGCUCGCCUGUAAAACAAAACAAACACCAGUUUGAUAAACUAAGUUCUCUUUUGAUCAGAAACAGCAACACAAGGAUGAAGCAGCUCUUGAAUCGAAAGGAGGAUCUACUCGAAAAGAAAUUGGGCUACUACAACAAGUGGGCUUCGGAGAUAAAAAGCUACCAGGAGUUUGUGUUUGGAAACCACCAAAACCUUGAGGAUAGGCUCUCUGAGGUUUUGCAAUCGCUGCUGACGAGAAAUUCCCUAGAAACCGGAAGCUUCUUCAAAAUUUAG